AUGAGGAAAUUAACCAUCUACCUCAUGGCUUUAGCCUUAGCUUCAGCUGCCACCCUCGAUGCUGCGGGGAUCGGCAUUGAAGGUUCCCCUGCGUUCACUGAAGAAAACCAUCUGACAUCUGCUUCUGGAAGAAGCCGCUUUUUGGCCGCUGCACUGGCGCCCAGCUUCCGGCGGUGCAGCUCGCACAAAUCCAUCUGUCUUGCCCCAGGAAGCCCGGGCCCCACGUGCUGCCAUGGUAUUUGUGUCGACGCCAAAACCGACCUCCGCAACUGCGGGAAGUGCGGCACGGUCUGUAGGUUUCCCCAGGCCUGCUGCGGCGGCAAAUGUGUCAACUUGCUGUCUAACAAGCAACACUGCAGCAGAUGCUUCAACAAGUGCACCAAGCGUUGUGUCUUCGGGAUGUGCAACUACGCAUAG